AUGAUGACAGAUUUGGAUAAAGUAGACGAAGAAAAGCUGUUCCCAUUAACUGGACACAGGUUUAUGGUUUUGGGCAAGAGAGCUCGCCACUCGCUCCUUGCCAUGUUCUUCUCCUCCAUCUUCCACUUGAAUGAUCGCCACCUGGGCCUCACGCCCCCCACCGAGGAGGAGCUGGUCACCAACACCCUGACCCUGGAGCUCAGCUCGCAGCUCAAGCGGGCCGAGAAGAUGCACCGCGAGCGCCUGGCCGAGUGGAAGCGGGCGAAGCAGGGGGUGGACUACAGCUGGCUCAUGGCCCAGCCCAGGCACGGCUACCAGAUCUCCCCGCAGGAACAGCUCGAGCUGGAGGAACUGUGCUCCAAGAUCAAGCCCUCCCAAUGUGGGCCUUUCAUACUCAGGUUUCGGAGGCUGGUCCAAGAGUUUGAGUCUGAGGCCCCGGAGAUUCCCCGGGUAUUUCGCCUGGCCCUGUUGGACUUCAUCGAGCAGGAGGAGGAAGAGGAGGCAAGACAGAUCCUGAGGAGGCAGGCCAUGGGCGAACGGAGGAACAGCCUCUCAAUCCUCACCUGGAGGUGCAGACUGAAAAUCAACCCAUUCCAACGGGAGGAUCACAUGCAGGAGGCGGCACUGGGACUGCCUGUCACCCGCAGAGCCAAGAGCUUGCCCGAGUUCAACGUCCGGGGGGACAAUUAA